AUGCCUCUCAAUCCCCACGAAGAAGCAUUGUUAGGAAACCCUACUGACUCGGACAUUGAUUACGAUCAUCAGAGAAUAGAGCACGCGCCUGCCGAGAGGAUCAAAAUAGGAAAAUGGACUCUCGUGGCUCUUAUUCUGAACCGAACCAUUGGUUCAGGGAUAUUCUUAACACCGCAUAGGAUCCUCGCUGGGACAGGCUGCGUUGGUGGUGCAUUGUUCCUUUGGGUCGUCGGGGCAGUGAUCUCACUCUGCGCACUGUACGUCUGGCUGGAGUGUGGUCUGUCAAUGCCACAGCGAACUGUUAGGGGUGAGACAGAGCCUCGAGGGGUGCCUCGAUCUGGAGGGGAAAAGAACUUUUUGGAAUUCAUGUUCCCUAACGCCGGUGCACGGCUGCCACACAUCAGGACUACAUGUGCCUUCAGCAUCAUGUUCAUCCUGCUUUACAAUCUCAGUGGUAAUGCGCUAUCUUUCGGCAUCCAGGUCAUGACAGCCUCAGGAAUCUAUGACCCAAUUAGUGGCAACGCCCCAGACAAAGGCUCGGCUGCUGGUAUUGCAAUCGGUGCAUUGACCUUCGUCGUCCUGCUGCACAUGUUCUCGCGCCGAGGCGGGAUCUUGGUCAAUAAUGCAUUCGCCAUCAUCAAAGUCAUGCUUCUCGUUGCCAUUAUCGCCCUUGGGAUUGCUAAAGGUGCUGGUGCUUUCUCUGGUCCAGGAAAAGCACCGCUAGAGAACUUUACGAGUGACGUCUUCGCUACGAACAGGAAAGACGUAACUAGUUGGUCGAAUGCCUUGAUGCUCUGCAUGUAUAGCUUCUCUGGCUACGAGCAGCCUUUCUAUGUUCUGGCAGAGUCGAGGAGUCCGCAUAAAACUUUCCCCAAGUAUACUGUUCUAGCCAUGGGUAUUGCGGUGGUCUUGUUUGUUCUCGUCAACAUUGCUUAUCUUUUCGCAGUGCCUAAAGAUCUAGUCAUUCCCUCCGGAGCUAGCGAACCUCCUCAGAGCAUUGACAUGGCCACGUUAUUUUUUCAACACCUCUUCAAUGAUCAAGCGCAUGCUCGACGGGCCAUGGCCGCAUUGAUUGCAGUCUCUAUAUUUGGAAACCUCGUCGUCAUGACGUUUACCGCCGCCAGAGUUAAGCAAGAGAUUGCUAAGGAGGGAAUUCUACCGAAAUCACUGCUCUUUGCAACGUCCUACACAACUCCAUAUGGACUCUGGAAGAAAUGGAUGAGUCGAAACACGAUUCUUGCAGAAGACCUCGAGCAAGCACCAACGGCUGCCUUCGUGUUGCAUUGGUUCACGUCAAUAUUACUGAUACUGGUUACCCUCCCAAUUGGGGAUCCUCGCAAGGCCUACUCCGCAUUGGUUUCGUUGUACUCUUACACCAUAGUGACUCUACUUGGCUUCUGGGUCUCAAUUGGUCUGCUGGGAAUCAAAUUGAGGCGUGGAAAAUGGCAUUGGCAGGAUCGUCGACGGUAUCGGCCCUGGCUCAGCCCAGUCCAUGCAAUCAUCUACACUUUGGCGACCGCGUUUAUGUUGAUAACGGCAUUCGUUCCGCCAUCGCUAGGAUCGCCUUUCCACUCGAGCGUGACAGGCUUUGAAUGGUACAUUGUCCCCGCAAUCGGCCUCAGCGCGCCUCUCUGGGGUAUGGCGUGGUACGGCGGGCUUUUGAUCUACCAACGUAUCACCGACAACCAGCUGGUGGUCCACCGCACACCCUUUUGGAUGAAAGAUCCGGAUUACCCGUCCGAAUAUAUCCAACAGGCUGAAAUCAUCGACCAUACGUGGCAGAUACGCCCACGGCGUGGUCUUGCAUCUGGAUUCGAGAAUUCAGAGGGACCAAAAGAUGGAGCAAUCACAAGACAACGCGAGGCCGACCCUUUUGAAAGUAGCAGCGAAGGAGGCGGUCUUGCUAGGCAGAAGAGGUGGCCAUGGAACCGAGCACAGGAGACUACUACGAUGACUGAUGGACGACGCCUGUCAGAUGGCUUUGAAGGAUGA